UGGAUAACAUGGCGUAUACAGGAAAAAAAGAAAAUGUGUCACUAAAACGUUGAAAAGCGUUCUGGUGUCCGAAGUAAUCACCGUGACCAUAGGAAUUUUCUGAUUGGAUGAUAAAAUGUCUGUCAAAUCCAAAAGACAGAGAUGUACAGGGUCAUCCUGUCAUCAUGGCCCUACCAACACCUACCAUGUGAGCACACCUGUGGGUAUUAUGGAGCUGGUGAGCUGUCCUCGUGGAUUACACUACAUGUCACAGACAGAUGAAACAGAUGAAACAUUCAAACCUGACAAAAGUAUUGAGGUGAAGGUGAUGUCCCAGAAAUACCAGGACAAUGGAUACACAUACAAGCCCCUUUUACUGGGUGUAGACUGGCUAAGGGACUACUUCAAGGGACAGCCUAAAUGCCAGGUGUCACCCUCAAUAUGUGCAUCAGUGUUUAAGGAAGGGUCUUUCACAGAGAAGGUGUGGAAGACACUGCCAGAAAAGGUGAAGUUUGGACAGAGUGUUUCUUAUACUCAGCUGGCAAAAUUGAGUGGAAACAUAAAGGCUUGUCGGGCUGUGGGUGCAGCAAUGAAGGCCAAUCCCAUACAGCUCAUCAUACCAUGUCACCGUGUUUUACCUGAAGGAGGUGGUGUGGGCAACUACAGUGGUGGCAACAAGAACAAGAUGAAGCUGUGGCUUCUCCAGCAUGAAGGGGUCAUCAAGUGAGAGUUGCACUGAAAACUCACAACCUAGUGUAUAAAUAUAAUGAAAAUCAAUUAAACUUAAAUGUUUAAAACAAAUGAUGGAAAUAAGUUCAUGUAUACUGUGAUAGAGUUACGAUUAUUACCACAAAAUGCAACGAUCUGUGAUCGUGAAAAAUGUCUGUAUCAAAAUAUGUGCAGAUAUUUGUGCACAAGUUUUCUAUGCAUUUAAGACUGCUAUGUUAUGAGUUUGUAAUUUUGAAACACAACAAUUAAAUGUGUCUGAUUAUCCCCAUGCAACUAAUGUCAGAGAGGGGAUAUAAAGAUAUAGUUAAGUCACUUCAAUCCUGACUUCAAAAGGACUAUGAUAUCACAGACAAGUUUCAGUUUCAGGGUUGUAGAGUCAAGGCCAUGGCCUUUAUUCCUGGAGAGGUCAAACUUCAUAUUCAUCUAAAGGACCAUGAUAUCGCAGACAAGUUUUCAGGUUCACAGGACCAAGGUCAGUUACCACUUUUAGAAAAUCCUUGUCAAAUUCUUUCCAGGAGGGAUUUUGAUUAAACUUGACACACUUGACCUUUUUUUAUUGCACAUAAAUGAAGUUGGAACCACCAAGGAAUUUGUUUUUCUUCUGAUGCCUUGUUAUUUUUUCACCUACAUCCAUUACAGAUGAAGCACAGUAGAAGAAUUCCUUGUUUUAAGGUGAAUAACUAUGAUUGAAUGGAUCUAUACUUAAGUUACAAAGGUAUUAGUUAAAAAGUUGAAAAUGUAACAAAUGAUUCGCACAGUUUCUGCUCCAUCAACACUUCACAACAUGUUAUUUGCUCUGGAAAUUACUUAGCCUGACUGUGAGAGUAAGAGAGAAUGUGUUGUAUAAUUUGUAUAAAUUUUUGUGGUAGGUUGGUAACCUAUCUUGUCUACCAGGUUUGGAUGUAAUACAUCACAAAAUACCUGUAGUCUUUUUCUCAGGUUUUUAAAACUGGACAAAUGUUUUUAUGCAUGAAUGAAGUUUAGAAUAUAUUCAGAGUUUUGGAUCGACGGAGCAUUGUUGUUGACAUUUGAUUUAGCUGAUUUACGUAGCUUCAGAUUAGGUCAUUAAAGAGUGUUAUUGCUUGACUAGCUAAUUGAUGUCAAUAAUGGAAAACAAUUAAAUUUAUGCUUUUGUUUAAAUCAAGACACCCAUGAAACCACAAUCUGUGGUGCUAAUUCCAUUAAGUCAUUGUUGAUACAGUGUAUUCAUUAUAUCUUAUUUUCACAGUACUCUCCAUUGUAAUUUCUAUUCCUGUAUGUAUUGGAUUUUUAGGUCAUCUGACCUGUGUGUCGUCAGUAAACUUUUCAUUCAAAAAACUUCUUCUCAAAUACUAGAAGGCCUAGGGGGCUAAUACUUGGCCCAUAGCAUGCUGGCAUGGAGCCCUACAAAGUUUGUUCAAAUUAAUAACCUUGACCCACUUUUAAGGUCUCAGGGGUCAACUAUAUUAAAAUAUACAAACCACUUCUCAAAAAGCAAGGGUCCAUGAGUGCUGAUAUUGGGCCUGUAGGAUGCUUGGAGGAAAGGCUACCAAGUUUGUUUAAAUGAAUGACCUUGACCCACUUUCAAGGUCACAGGGGUUAAAUAUGUUAAAAUAUGCAAAUGACUUCUCAAUAACCAAAAUGAUUAGAGUGCUGAUAUUGGGCCUGUAGGAUGCUUUGAGGAAUUGUUACCAAAUGUGUUCAAGUGAAUGACCUUGACCCACUUUCAAGAUCACAGGGUUCAAAUAUGUUAUAAUCUGUAAAUGACUUCUUCUCAGUAACCAAAAGGCUCAGGGUGCUGAUAUUGGGCCUGUAGGAUGCUGGGAGGAAGGGCUACCAAGUUUAUUCAAAUGAAUUAAGCCCACUGUUUUAACAGUAGACUCACUGUUGUUAGAGUUUGGCUUGCUUUUUGUCAGAUGACCGUGAACGCCCAUGGGCUUCUUGUUUUAAUCCAGACUUCCUGAGUAGGCCAUUUGGAAAUUUGAUGGUAGAUGAAAAUGACUGUGGACAUUAUCAGCUAUUUGUUGGAUGGUACGUUGUAGACUAUAAUGGAUGCAAUUUACUAUGAAAGAGAUGAUGAACUUGUACCCAUGAGCUCUCAACAUUACUUGAUGAAAAUAAAUGAUAUCUGAGUACUGUACAA